UGUGGCUGUUUGUUUGUUGAAUGAGACAAAUUGUUUUUCCGCACUAUUUCGAAUACGGCAUCCAGGCAUGUCAGGAUUUCAAGAACAAAUUUUAGAUUUUUCAAUGAAAUAAGACGGCAUAAAUCAAGUUCAAGCCACAUGCAGUUAUUUUGUAUUUAAAUUUAAUCUGUAAGUCUGAGAAGAACAAUUUAAACUGUUGCCACAUACGAAGUGACGUGUAGCAAUUGUUACCUUUACAGUUUAUUAAUGGAGGUUGUAUAAAUAGUGGCCUAAUUUCCACAAUAACAAGAGUUAAGCUCAACACGAGGAUAUGGGACGGCGUAACAGAGAUAAGGAAAAGGAUGAGGAUGCUCCGCCAACUGAGUGGAACCGGCCUGGACCCAAUCCAGCAAACCAAAUGGUUAAAAAUAUCUCGGAGAUUCGCAACAAGGCCAAGCGCCGGGAAAUAUAUUUAAAGCUUAAAAAGCAAAAAAAUAAGGAGCAGCGCGAGGCUCGUCAGCGGAGAGUGAAGGAAGCGAAAGCUCUCGGUGAAAACGCUCCACCAAAGCAAAUUCCGCGUACCCUAGAGAACACCCGAGAACCAGAUGAGACUAUGUUACAACCGGGCGAUGAGGAAGUGAAUCUUGACAACCUGACCGACGAAUUUGCUUCGUACUUUGCAAGGGAGUAUCUACCGAAGAUUCUCAUCACGACAGUGGACAAGCCUCGCGGCUCUACGAUUAGAUUCUGCAGGGAACUUGAACUCGUGCUUCCCAACGCAGAGUUUCAUUACCGCAACUACGCGCACAUCAAGAAAACAGUUCCGCAGGCUGUCGAGAAAGGAUUUACAGAUUUUCUAGUCAUUAACGAGCAUCGUGGAGCACCCAGUGGCCUGUUGGUGAUCCAUCUGCCAGACGGUCCGACGGCAUACUACAAGCUAAGUUCGGUGAAACACAUGAAACAGAUAAAGAAGGCCGCACAGUUUACUCCACACAGGCCGGAAGUGCUGCUAAAUAAUUUCGGCACUAGACUAGGUCACACUGUAUCUCGGAUGUUGGCGGCUUUAUUUCAUUACAAUCCCGAAUUUCAUGGACGACGCAUUAUAACGUUUCAUAAUCAACGAGAUUUCAUUUUCUUCAGACACCAUCGUUAUGAAUUUGAUUCUAAUGGACAGAGGUGCCGCCUUCAGGAGAUAGGCCCGCGAUUCACCCUUAAGUUGCAAAGCCUUCAAAAGGGUACGUUCGACUCGAAAUACGGGGAAUACGAGUGGAUUCUCAAACGACAUGAAAUGGAAACAUCGAGAAGACGAUUUUUCCUCUAAGUGCGCCGCUACCCGACAUCUAAUUUUCGAAAUAAAUCGCAGCCUUUACCAUAAAAUAUGAUUUCGUUGAAAGCGCUUGAGUGGAGGACUGUUCAUUACGUGUGUUGGUGGGAUACAUUUGCUAGACGAAAGACUGAUUGACCUACGCAAGCAGAUCGUACGAGAUAUUACAAAUUAACAUGCUGUAGUCAAACGUAUGAAAAGAAAUUAUAAUAAAGUGCCCGUGGAUCCCACACUUAGAUGUGCCUGUAACGA